AACCUAGCAAGCAGGUCGUGCACAUAAAAAAUAUCGGUUUCAACGCAUGCUAUGGUAUCGUGAUAUCUUUACACACCUUCGAAUAUUCAAAUACAUAUCUAUCAGUGCAAAGUGUUCGGUCUCGACUUUCGGUUCUUAAGUCUACAAGCUGGAGUGAUUUAUAGUUUUUAACUUUGUUUCGCACAUACAUAUAUGUACUUUACAUAAUUACAAAUGCAUACUAAAGUGAUUCUGUCGUUACUCUUUGCAUUCAUUGUGAUCUUUGCCAAUCUGUGUACAACGAUUGAAUCGCGUAAAGUGAUCUUCUACAAUCGUCAACCAACAGUGCAAAAGAGUCAGCUGCUAUCCACACAAAUCAUGUCGAAGCCAUGUCCAGCCGGUAAAAUGCGAGAUCAUCGUAAUCGUUGUAGGCGAGCCAUUAUAUUUAGUAGAAAGUCUAAAUAACACAAAUGUCUCCACUGAUUUAAU